AUGUCGGCAGCUGCAAAGCGUCCUCGCGCUAGCCGUGUAGGUCGUAUAUCAAAGAUCGACCAAGACAGCUCACACGAGGACAUGGUCGACGAGCCUCCCGUGGAAGCUCACCGGCCUGCGCGCGUCACAGCCCAAGCUGCUCACACCAAGUGGGCUCAGAUUGUGCCAAAGCCUCGACGUGACGUGUCAAGCUUGCAGACUGCUGGGGAACGCCAGACAGCUAGUAAGAAGUCAACAACUGCGAAGAAGAAACAACCCGCGGGCGAAGUGAGCUUGUCGAAGGCAGCCCAGGUUAAGCGGAAGAGAGCAGAUUCGUCGGCGGCGAAAGUCAACAGUAGCAGUGGUGGUGGUAGGAACACGGCGCCUCAGGACGUGGUGCCGUCGAGGUCGCUCAACACCGAUAGCCACAAAGAAACAGAGCGCUCUUCAAAGAAGCUGAAGGUUGCUGGCGCCUCGGGAGCACUGUCCAAGCCAACUCAAAAGAAAGUCUACCGGGCAGCUCGGAUUGAUGUUGACCGCUCAGAUAGCGAACCUGCGGACGAGUCACGACUAGCCUCACAGGCCAUGUCUCAAUCUUCCAAGGCAAUCACAUCCGCAAGGCCGGCCCACUCUAUGUCAGUUUCUCAUCUUGCGGAGGACGCUUUGGACGAGGAUGGUGAAGAAGGAGAUGUGGAUGACGAGCUGCAGGAAGGCGCCGAGGACGAUGAGGAGGCAGAACAUCGCGAGGUCUGUGACGACUUCGAUGCAGAGUCACUCAAGUAUAAUAUGUCGCAGCGUGUCACUUUCACUGCUGCAGGUGAGCACAGUACGUUCAAAUGGCGGACUGUUUCUCAAUCUGGCUUGUGCGGCGUGCCUCUGUGUUCCGACACCGGGAUAGGUAAUCGACAUGCGGAUAACAUCGGUACAAUGAAUGAACUUGAAGCUGAAGGCCCGCCUCGCUUCCGCUCGAGGGGUUCACGCUCCUCAAGUGUUGGUUCAUAUCCUACUGAACCGCCGACCACUGACGACACCGACGUUGUCAUGGACGAAGAAGUGGAGAGCGAGGACGAUGAUGUCAAUCCUCCAUCUCGUAACAACAACACAAGCUCCUACGCUGUUUCCCGCGGUGCAGCGAAAUAUAUCAAGGAUAGUGAUGAUGACUCGGACGUGGUUGAUGAGACUGGACCGGCUUUAGCGCAGACCGUGUCAAAGAAGCUGACUAAAAAGCAGCAAGAGAAACUGAAGUCGGAGAUGCCCAUCAUCCGUCCCUCUGCUUCGAAAAUCAAGGUCGCGAAGCACCAUCGUCAUACCGGCCGUGAGGACGACGAUGACCGUUGGAUGCCACGGACGUGCAUUGUCAUCAACUGCAAAUCACGAAGUGUGACCAUGGAUAUCAAGCCGCAGAGUGCGCUGAUGGAGCAAGUAAUCCAUAACAGCUACACCGUCGGUGACCGUAUGAUGGCUUUUGGAUUCGAAGACCCAGUUGACUAUGCUAGUUUCGACGACCUCCAGGAAAUGACUAAUCCAAUGGACAAGGCUGGUCUCGAAGACAUCGCUCUUGAGGCGUUAAUCAGUGCCUCUGAUAAGCUCGGGUACACUGGCCAGGGCGACGUCUCAGAACGAUUGGAGAAAGGGUCCUACAGCGAUUAUGUCAAACCCUUGACUGCUUACGUUUCCCAUCGACUAGGGCUCUUUCGAACUGCAAUCAAACGUGCUGUAACGCCAUCUGUCGAACAUGCAUAUCAAUCCAUGAGUCAAACUGCAGGCAACCAUGAUGUACCUGGCGGCGAUGCUCUUCUACAGAACAUGAACUACAUUUAUCCUUGGACGCUCUCGGAUGGUUUUGAUCGCCGUUCUCUGUAUGAGAACUCACUUGUCAAGCCUGCAGUACAUGCUGCUUUCUUCAUGCACAUGCAGUAUCUCGGUACUGGGCUGCAAAAUGGUGGAACAUACGCAUCGUCGCUGUCAAGUGCCCCCUCAGAGUAUGAGAUUCCGCUGACUAUGAUGGCCUUGGCUAUGACAGCGGUCGAGUCAGUAAUAUCAGAUCGCAAACUCGGCCUAAGCAAGGCUUCCGACUUCAGUGCCACCAGUGCACCUGCGUACCAGGCCCACAUGAUGCAGCUCACUGCCUUCCGCCUCGAACGCCCAAAGCGAUACCACAGAGUCAUGCAUGAUGUCUUCGCAGCCGUGACGGUGGGACACGCAAUGCAUCCUGGCAUGCAUCCUGGCAAUGCCGCCAAGAUCGACUGGAGUGACAUACCCGAUGAAUAG